CUCAGCCCCACCGGAGUCGCUGCUGAUUCUGGCCGGUAGGGAGAGUGGAUGGGCCAAUGGAAUCAGCCUUUGUCUGCCUGUCCCUGGGGGCUGCUGGGGGAGUCCAGGGCAGCUCGUUCUUCAGACUGAGGAAUCACGUCCACAUUUCGCUCCAGAUGGUCCCGUCUUCCAGGAGACUGGGAAGGGAAAUGGCUGUGAUGGAGCCAGCUCAGAUGCCGGUGACCUUCGAGGAGGUGGCUGUGUAUUUCACCCAGGGGCAGGGAGCUCUGCUGGACCCUGCUCAGAGAUCCCUCUACAGGGACGUCAUGCAGGAGACCUAUGAGAUGGUGACCUCGCUGGGUAAGGGCUUCCCGUCCACUCUGUUAUUAGAAGCCAGGGGACCUACGUAUCUGAAUGUGUUCAGGUUCUUCCUCAGUCAGUUACAUUAGAGGCGAGUGGGUUCCAUAAUGCACAGCUGCCAUGUGAGAGAGACUUGCAUCUCUGUGCCCCCUCCAGUGGAACAUGGGUGUCAAAACCCAGUGGACAACCAAACCAUCUCCUCACUCCACCUUUCAAAGGGGCAUAAAUCCAGCAUUGUCCUGUCUGUGUUGUUUCUUGGCUGCACACACAAUCCCUGUUCACCUCCCUCGUUGGGACAGGUUCCACUCACGGAAUGUCCUUAGUAACAAAUACUCCACCAGUGCUCCAUGCACCCUGAUCUGGUCUGAUUUCACCCCCU